AUGCUUAUCAAAGAUACCUGGCAAAAGGGUAUCACGAAUCCUCCUCCAGAGCUUGUGGCAGCAUGGCAGCAGAGGUUUGGUCUCAGCCAAGAGCAGAUUAGAGGGUGGUUCCGAAGAAAAAGAGGAAAGGAACGAAAACCAUCUCUGAAUAUACCAGGACCCUCGGUUGUACACGCCCCUGCCGCAGAGUUUCCCAAGCUAGAAGGCGAAGCGCUAAGAGACGAAGAGCAGGCCGGAUGCCAAGCAUUUCCAAAUCUCCCACAAGAAAUAGUGAUCCGGCUCGUCACUAUUUUCAACAAGAUAAAUCCCACAGCAAGUCAAUUAGAAGGGAUAUCGGAUAUCAUGUCGAUGAAAUUAUCAGAUGUAGAAGCAUUUUCAACAUGGAGAGCGGCUAGGAGGCUUAGACUUGCCACUGAAACCUCACAGAGACAAGGGCCUGGAAUGUUUAUAUAUUCGUCCUGGAAUACUGCUGUUCCUAUGGAGCAUACUUCGGCUGUACCUUCCAGCUCAGGAAGUGAUCAUCAGUCUCCCUUUACCCCUCAGGAAUCAUCGUCAUUCAUGGAAGUAGACCCUGAGGUUGAAGAAGCUGUAGCUUCCCUCCCAACUCCACAACCAAGCGUUGGGAGAAGCCCUUCUCCGCCCAAGGCUCAGACCCAGCCACAAAUCGCUCAUGCCAGUCUCUGGGAGAUUUGGAACCGGGAAAGAGAGAUAAAUACCCCACCUCUGCAUCAGACCGAGAAUAUUCCCACGCAUCACCUCCUCCAAGCCAUGCUACCCUCAAUCAUCAUAGAGUUCUGA